GGUGGGUGCGAGCAUUGAGUCAUUCCCGACACUCUUGUUCUGAAAUGAACAGGACGCAAUCGUAGAGAGAGGACGUGAAACAUGACAACCUGGAGGCCCUGAGCGUGGGGACCAUAUUCUGAAACACCUGAGCGCCAAACCUCCACGACAUUCAAAAGGUUCUUGUUGAAAUUACACGGAUUAUUAAGAUGCUAUUUGGCUUUAGUGACAGAUUAACGAGAUUGCUACAUUAUUAACGGGACAAGCACUCUUGAGAACCCGGCUGAUCAUGUCUGUGGCCUCGGAAAAUAGUGGUGGUGAGAGAGCAUGGCGUUUCAGAAUACGGGCCUGAGACGUGUGUAGUGGUGAGGUGUUGCCGCGGUGGCGGGCAGUGCGUGGAGGAGAGGCGGGGAGAUGGCUUCCUCCACCUGGCUCGCCGGGAGGGCAGGGAUGGCGUCUCAAUGGCGGAAGAUGACCCCCGUGGACUCUGGGGUGCAGGAAGCCACAGAAGGGAAACCUCCAAAAUGUACCACUCAUGUGUUUCACUCAGACCAGAGAGCGGGAGGCGUGGCCAACAUGUGGAGCGUGACCACCGUGAGCAAGGCGUUCCGAGUGCUGCUGCUGCUGAUGCUGGUGGCGGGCGGCAUCCUCACCUUCCACUACUCCUAUGACAACAAGUACCUUGUCAGACUGCAGAACGCCACCCUUCGCCUCGUGUCGCAGGGGUUCACGCAGCACCAAGGUGUGGCAGACGGCAGCGGGCAGAGUUUGCCGUCGUGGCGAGAAGUUGUGUGUAAACAAAGGCAGAACAAAACGCAUGAGGGAAAGAAAACCCCGACCCUGAAGCAGUUAUUUAGGGAUGCGAUCCCUGAGGAGAACCGUAACAUUUUCCUGAUGGACACAGCGUGCAACCCGACACCGAAGUUCCGGGUUUGGUGCUCCGUGGAAAGCUGGGCGCGGCAGAACCCAGAGCGCCAGGUGUGGUUUCUCCUCACCUCGGACAGGAUAGAGGACAACACAGGGCUCUCCUCCACGCUGCUCCACCAGUACGCCAACCUGCAGGUGGUGACCGCUGACCUGGAUGACAUGUUUAGGGACACACCCCUCCUCGGCUUCUUUAACGAACGCAAGUGGACCAAGUCAUGGAAGGUGGAGCUGCUGGCCAAUAUGCUGCGGGUGCUGGUGUUGUGGUGGUGGGGCGGCGUGUACAGCGACACGGACAUCAUCAGUGUACGGACCCUCACCUUGCCUAAGAACUCCGUGGGCUUUGAGAGUUCCGGCAAGUUAGGCAAUGCAUUCUUCAGUUUCCAAGCCCGCCACCCUGUCCUCUACUAUUUGAUGAAAGACAUGCCACGCCAUUUUGAGCCUAAUCGGUGGGGAUGCAUCGGGCCACACGCCAUAACACGCGUCAUGAAAGAAAUAUGCGGGGACAGGAUGGAAAAGAAGAUCCAAAGACAGCCGGUGAUCUGCCCAGGGAACAUUACAAUCUUCCCUCACAGCACCUUCUAUCCCGUGCACUACAGUGAAUUUGAGUACUACUUCCUCCCUGGCGAAGGCAACAAGUUCAAUGAGAAAUUCAGCAUGGCCUUCGCUUUGCACUUCUGGAAUAAAUUGAGCAAGAAUUACCUGGUGAAGGCGAACAGCAACAGCUUGUACGAGGUGGCGGCCAAGAGGUUCUGUCCCACUACCUACAGAUUUGCCACCGCGGAGUCUGGCGUCUUCUGA